AUGACGAAUUCCUUCUAUUCGUCCGCUUCUAUUGUCUUUUCUUUUAUUCCGUCUUUUCUUUCCUUCUUUAAUAUUUCUUUCCUGAUAUCUUUCCUUCCUUUGGUCCGUUCUUACUUCACUCUUUUAAUCCUUUCUUACAUCCUUUCUACCUUACCUGGUAUAUUUCAUCCACAGUUUCUUUCUUUCUUUUUUCUUUCUUUCUUUCUUUCUUUCUUUCUUUUUUUCUUAUCUUUUUUUUCUUUCAUUCUCUCCUUAAUUCCUUCAUUCUUCUAUUCCUUUAUUCAGUCCUACUCUUCUUUAUCCCGUCUUUCAUUCCUUCCUUUACCUUCUCAAUGCUUUCUUUCUCUCAUUAAUAGCUUCCAUUCUUUUAUAAAUUCUUUCCCGUUUAUAUUCAACUUUUCAUUCCUUCCCGCCUUUAUUCCUUCCGCCUUCACUAAGUUCUUCCUUUUUUCCAUUCAUUCUUUUAUGCCUUUUCUAAUUUCUACCUUAUGUUAUUAUUAUUCCCUUUGUCCUUCCGUCCGUCCGUCCGCUCAUUCGUUCGUUCGUUCCUUCAUUUCGCAAUUUUCCCCGUUUAUUCCUUCAUUCAUUCUCUCAAUUAUUCCUUCUUUCUUACCUUCUUUAAUUCCUUACGUCUUUCUUGCCUUCCCUCCCACUAUCCUUUAUCCCUUUCUUUCUCCUCGUUCCUCUUUCUAUCCUCUCUCCCUUCUUAUAUUUCAAUUAUUAUUUAUCCUUUCAUACGCCUGUCUUCCUUGCCUUAAAUAA